UUUCGUCUGGCUUUGUCUCUGGGUCCUGUGUCAGUGCCAUGCCGCGUUUCUAAGCACCUGCCACUUCAUCUCUAACUUUCUACUUCCAUUUCUUUUUGGGGGGCUUUCAGUGGUUUUUGUUUCAUACUUAGUCUAUUGACGGCUUCAUCCCUUGUGUAGCCCAUUCACACCACCUUGGGCGAGUAGGUGGUCAUGGAGUUGUGGAAGCACUGUGCCCACUGGCUGAUUCAAUGCCGUGUGCUCCCUCCUAACCACCGUGUAACUCUGGACACAGCCCAGGUAUGUGACCUGGCCCAAGCACUCAGAGAUGGAGUCCUGCUCUGCCAGCUGCUCAAUAACCUGAUGCCCAAUGCUGUCAACCUACGAGAGAUCAACCUUCGCCCACAGAUGUCACAGUUUCUUUGCCUGAAAAAUAUCCGGACCUUUCUGUCGACAUGUAGUGAAAAAUUUGGGCUACGGAGAGCGGAUCUGUUUGAAGCUUUCGAUCUGUUUGAUGUCAGAGAUUUUGGAAUGGUUAUCAACACAUUGUCCAUUUUAUCUUGGACCCAGAUAUCACAAAAUAAAGGCAUUAUGCCAUUUCCAACAGAAGAUCUUGAAGCAGAUGAUGACAUCUACAGUGGUCUCUCUGACCAGAUCGAUGACACCGGAGAAGAGGAUGAAGAUCUGUAUGACUGUGUUGAUAUGGAUGAAGAAGAAGGAAAUGAGAUAUAUGAGGAUCUUAUGAAGACUGAGCAGCCACCUAUGCAGCCAAGAGAUGGGAAGAUGACUGCAGAUGAUAUGAGGAGAUGCUGUCUCCAGGAAUUGCACCAGACAGAAGAAAAAUAUACCAACACCUUGGAAUCCAUUUGUCAGUAUUUUAUGAAGCCGCUUCAGAUGUUCUUGCGCAGGAAAGAUAUGAGUGACAUCUUCAUUAACAUCGAGGACUUGCGCUUUCUUCACCAAAGUUUCCUUUCGGAAUUGAAGAACUGCUUCUCGUCCAAGAAUCAACAGAACUUAUAUCAAGUGUUCCUGCGGUACAAGGAAAAGUUCCUAAUCUAUGGCCCAUACUGUAGUCAGGUUGAAUCUGCCUCCAAGUGCCUCGAGCAAAUCUCACAGACACACGAGGACGUCAGGAUGAAGCUAGAGGAAUGUUCCCAAAGAGCAAACAAUGGACGUUUUACCCUGAGAGAUCUGCUAAUGGUGCCAAUGCAGCGAGUCCUGAAAUACCAUCUCUUGCUCCAGGAGCUGGUAAAACACACAGUGGAGCAAAUAGAGAAAGAUAAUCUGCGUUUGGCUCUAGAUGCAAUGAAGGAUUUGGCUCAGUGUGUAAAUGAAGUGAAGAGAGAUAACGAGACGUUGAAGCAGAUAAUCAGUAUCCAGCUAUCUGUGGUGAAUCUGAAUGAGUCUCUCGCUCAGUAUGGACGACCAAAAACUGAUGGAGAGCUAAAAAUCAGUACGGUGGAGCGUAAAUCAAAACUGGAUAGAUAUGCCUUCCUCCUGGAUCAAGCACUGCUCAUCUGUAAAAAGAAAGGAGAUAUGUAUGAGCUGAAAGAAUUUGUAAAGCUUCACACAUAUCAGAUUCGCGAUGAUUCAUCUGGGGAACGUGAAAACAAAAAGUGGUCACACAUGUUCCUGCUGAUUGAUACUCGUGGCUCUCAGGGAUAUGAACUUUUCUUCAAGACAAGAGACCUAAAGAAGAAAUGGAUGGAGCAGUUCGAGAUGGCUCUUUCCAACAUUUAUCCAGAAAAUGCUGUUUCAAACAGCCAUGAUUUCCAAAUGUAUUCAUUUGAAGACACGGCUACAUGCAAAGCCUGCCAGAUGUUAUUGAGGGGCUUAUUUUUCCAGGGUUAUCGCUGUUGUCACUGUAAAGCCCCUGCACACAAAGAAUGCCUGGGAAGAGUACCAUGUUGUGGGAAGCAAGAUUCUGGCUCUUCCACCAUUAAAAAGAAACCAGGCAGGGGAGCACAGGACAAAAAAACAGAGUGUGGUUUCACAAAGAUGGAGGUCUGCCACCCCUAUUCUGGAGUGCCACCUCCUCCAAUUGCAUUUGGCCCAGCUCUAGGAAUGGAAACGGGUGACAUUAUAGAACUGACAAAAGCGGAGGCUGAUCAAAACUGGUGGGAGGGCAGAAACACAACCAGUAACGAAAUGGGAUUUUUCCCAUGCACCUAUGUGAAGCCCUAUGUGUCUAUCCCAGUGCCUGAUCUGUCUAUAUUUCCAUGGUAUGCAGGCCCAAUGGAGAGGAAAGAAGCGGAGCUCUUGCUCUCUAGUCGUUCAGAUGGGACUUUUCUAGUGAGACAGAGAGUAAAGGAUGCUGGGGAAUUUGCCAUUAGCAUCAAGUUUAACAUGGAGAUUAAACAUAUGAAGGUCACAGCUCAAGAUGGGCUUUGGAGACUCACAGAAAAGAGAGCCUUCAAAGGACUUCCGGAGCUGGUUAGACAUUACCAACAAAAUUCAUUAAAAGACUGCUUCAAACUACUGGAGACAACGCUGCAAUUUCCUUUCAAAGAGUCUGAGAAGAGGGAAAAUUCUAGGACUGAUAAAAUGAAAUAUUUUGGUUCAGCCAGAGCACGUUAUGAUUUCUGUGCAAGAGACAGAACAGAACUAUCUUUAAAGGAAGGAGACAUAAUAAGGAUCCUCAGCAAGAAAGGUCACCAGGGCUGGUGGAAAGGAGAAGUAUAUGGCAAGGUUGGCUGGUUUCCAUCCAACUACGUAGAAGAUGAUUAUUCUGAAUACUGCUGAUUGGCACAAACCCAUCACUGGAGGGCAAUUUAUCACCCUAAAGAAUCAAAGGAAUCCGAACCCACAGAUGGAUCCCUUUUCUGUCUUCCCCAGUUCCGUGAUCGCCUUCUUUGUGUCAAACACAAUUUCUGCAGGAUCAGGAACAGAAAAUUAAAUUAUGAAGACAAUACUCAUUUCUACUCCCUCUCUCUGCUGAUCAUCCUUUACCAGGAUUAACACUGGAAGUGUGUCCCAUUUUAAUUAUUAUUGCCUCUAAGUGAUGUAAAAAUACAAUGGUCAGCAGUAUUAUUGCUUCCAGAUCCAGCGGUUUCCUGAUACUGUAAGAUCUGCCUGGUGAUAUACUCUCACAUCUUCCUAACUGUGAACUUUUUAGGCUAGCACAGGGAUUAAAAGAACACAGGUAGGCCAAACAGGCUGAGAUACAUCUGAACAGGAAAAGAGUGCUGUAUAAUUUGCGUGUGUUUUAUGAUGACAAUGUUUAAAAGGACAAAAUAAACCUACAAUGUUCCUUUUGUGUUUCAAUUAUCAAAA